AUUUGACAUUUUAGUGUAUUAUCAAACAGUAAAAUUAAAGUGACAUUCAUAUUGAUAGUUAUUUUUAAAUAUAAUUUAAUAAAGUUUUCCAAUAAAUUGACCGUUUGUUUUAUAGUUAAUUCGUAUUUUCUGUUGUGCUAAGUAAAAAAAUAUACUCAUAUUUAGACCGUAAAUAGUGUUUUAAAAUGGGGGCUGCCCUGGGUAUUUGUUCAGCUGCGCAGCUGGCAUGCUGUUGUACGAGUACAGCUUGCUCGCUCUGCUGUUCUGCAUGUCCAUCAUGCAGAAAUUCAACAUCUUCCAGGAUCAUGUACGCCUUAAUGUUGCUGGUUACAACAGUGGUAGCUUGUAUCACUCUUUCUCCUGGAUUAGAAAGCGCCCUAAAGAAGGUACCAUUUUGCAACAAUUCCUCUCGUUUGGUACCGGAUUCAAUAGUGAUCAAUUGUGAGCAUGCUGUGGGUUAUCUGGCAGUUUAUAGAAUUUGUUUCAUAUUGACCUGUUUCUUUUCAUUGAUGGCUCUGAUGAUGAUUGGUGUUAAGACUUCCAAAGAUCCGAGAGCUGGAAUACAAAAUGGCUUCUGGGGAAUAAAGUACCUCCUAGUUAUAGGAGGUAUAAUCGGAGCGUUUUUCAUACCACAAGGUUCGUUUGGCUUAACUUGGAUGUAUUUCGGAAUGAUUGGUGGGUUCCUGUUCAUUCUGAUCCAGCUGAUAUUGAUAAUCGAUUUCGCUCACUCCUGGGCCGAAGCCUGGGUGGGUAAUUACGAAGAGACCGAAUCUAGGGGAUGGUAUUUUGCACUUAUCGGCAUGACUUUGCUGAAUUACGCUUUGAGCAUUACUUGGAUCGUGUUGCUGUACGUGUUCUACACCAAAUCGAGCGGCUGUGAUCUAAACAAAUUCUUUAUCUCGAUCAACUUGAUAUUCUGCGUAAUAGUGAGCGUACUAUCCAUACUGCCCUCCGUUCAAGACAAGUUGCCAAGAUCGGGCCUAUUGCAAUCGUCCGUAGUCACUUUGUAUGUGACUUAUCUCACUUGGUCGGCUGUAUCGAAUUCUGCACGAGAAUGCAAUCCAGGCCUGUGGGGUAUUUUCGGCGUCAAGGCCAGCGACAAUCCGAAAAGCAAUAGCGAUUUCGAUAUUAUAGGUUUGAUCAUAUGGUUGUGCUGCGUUUUGUAUUCAUCUCUGAGAUCUGCCAGCAAAUCUUCUAAAAUCACUAUGUCCGAAAAUAUGCUGGCCAAGGAUACAGGAGCAGUAUCUAGACACAGAAGUAGGAGGAGUUUGUAUAAUGGACCGAAAAUGAAUCCUGAGACAUCCAGAAAGAGGUCGACAGGAGAAGAAUACCGCUCACCAAGCAGAUUUUUGUCUAGUAACGAUGGCGGUGAAGGCGGCGGCGACGGCGGUAAAAGAGUGUGGGACAACGAAGAGGAGACGGUCGCUUACAGCUGGAGUUUCUUCCACGUCAUGUUCGCCUUGGCGACGCUGUACGUGAUGAUGACGAUCACCAACUGGUACAAACCGAAUUCCGACAUUGGAAAUCUCCAUUAUAACGCCGCUUCGAUGUGGGUGAAGACGAUUUCAAGUUGGCUGGCCGUGGUUUUGUACGCGUGGACCUUGACGGCUCCCGUCGUUUUGAGAGACCGCGAAUUUAAUUAAACCAUAAGAACUUAUACUUAUAAGGCAUCUUGCUACUUGUAGAUCAAAAAAGAAGAAAUAAAAAGUAUUCUUAUGAUGCCGUUGCGAUAUAUAUUCUGCCUUUGAAUUUUAAUAUUUUUAAAAAUUUUGUUUUUCGCUGGUUUAAAUUUCUACAUGGUCCUUCGAGCCAGAUUUGAGCCAUUGAAAAGUUAAAUAUCUACAUGUACAUAACCAGUUAAAAAAUGGUGUUGCCAUUGUUUUAAUAAUUGUAUUUCAUUUGUUUUUUAAACGUCUAGUACGUUCCUUAGAAUGUUCGAUGCGUUUCCUGCUGAUUUAGGUUAGAGUAGAGUACUUCUAUAUAUAAAUAUAUCUUUUUUAAUGUUGUCGUUUUGUAUCGUGUGAUAUUUUCGUGCUUUCGGCCCACAUUUGUGCGAUAGUAAGUGAUUGAGAUGUUCUUAAAUUUGUAUUUAGGUUUCAAUUUUUUUUUAAUAGUAAAAUUUAUUUUUUUCUAUGUUUGAUGGAUGAAUUUUUUAAUUUUGACAAUCGACGUUUGACUUUUCUUGUCUUUCUGACGAUCUGUCAGCUGUCACCGAAAAUAAUGUUUGUUUUCGCCAAUAAAACGCUCCUGUUGCAUUCUUUUGAAUCAUCUGUCAACAAAAACCAUUCAGAUUUCGUUUGACUUGUAUUGUUUUAAUUUUUAGAUAAGUUUUAGUUCAUAUAUUCCAAUAAAAUUAUUAUGUUUCAUUUUUGACAAGUGACAUUUGAAGUUAGCGUCAUCUUUUAAUCGAUCUCUUAACUAUAAACAAAAAUAUCGGUUUUGAUCCAAAUUUGAUAUUAGUUAUAUUAUAAAUGUAUUGUUUAUUUUCUCAAUCACUAUAAUACAA